UUAAAAGCAGAUGUAACCGAGGGUUCAGCAAAACUAGCUGAUGCUAUCAGUGAUGAUUCUGAGGCGGUAGUAUGUGCAACAGGUUUUCGACCUUCAUGGGAUUUAUUUGCUCCAUGGAAGGUUGAUAACUUUGGCACUGUAAACUUGGUUGAUGCCUGUCGCAAACGUGGUGUUAAUAGAUUUAUUCUUAUCAGUUCUAUCUUAGUCAAUGGAGCUGCAAUGGGGCAGCUUUUAAACCCGGCUUACAUAUUUCUUAACAUCUUUGGACUCACUUUAGUUGCGAAGCUUCAAGCCGAGCAAUAUAUCCGGAAAUCUGGUAUCAAUUACACAAUUAUUAGGCCUGGGGGAUUAAGAAAUGAUCCGCCGAAAGGAAAUAUAGUCAUGGAACCAGAGGUAACAAAUUCAACCACUAGCAAUGAGUUU